AUGGCGUCGUGCGGGGCGCGGCCGCGGGCUUUGCUGCUGCUGCUGCUGCUAGCGGGCGCGGCGCGGGCCGGCCUCUACUUCCGCCCGGGCCGCAGCUGCUACCGCCCCCGGAGCGGGGACCAGCUGGCGCCGGGCCGCAGAACCUACCCCAGGCCUCAUGAGUACCUGUCCAUGAAGGACCUGCCCAAGAGCUGGGACUGGCGCAACGUGAAAGGCGUCAACUAUGCCAGCAUCACUCGGAAUCAGCACAUCCCUCAGUACUGUGGGUCCUGCUGGGCACACGGCAGCACCAGUGCUCUGGCAGACCGAAUCAACAUCAAGAGGAAGGGUGCAUGGCCGUCCAUCCUGCUGUCUGUACAGAACGUCAUCGACUGUGGCAAUGCUGGCUCCUGCGAGGGCGGUAAUGACCUGCUGGUAUGGGCCUAUGCCCACAAGCAAGGCAUUCCUGAUGAGACCUGCAACAACUACCAGGCCAAGGACCAGGAGUGUGACAAGUUUAACCAGUGUGGUACCUGCACGGAAUUCAAAGUCUGCCACAUCAUCCAGAACUAUACGCUUUGGAGAGUGGGUGACUAUGGUUCUGUCUCCGGGCGGGAGAAGAUGAUGGCAGAAAUCUACGCCAAUGGCCCCAUCAGCUGCGGGAUCAUGGCGACAGAGAGCAUGGAUAAGUACACAGGCGGCAUCUAUGCGGAAUACAAGGAGGAGCCCUUCAUAAACCACAUCGUCUCGGUGGCUGGCUGGGGCGUCAGCAAUGGCACUGAGUACUGGAUUGUCCGGAACUCGUGGGGAGAACCAUGGGGCGAGAGGGGCUGGAUGAGAAUUGUCACCAGCACCUACAAAGGCGGAAAGGGCAACUUAUACAACCUAGCCAUCGAGAAGUCCUGCGCUUUCGGGGACCCCAUCGUCUGA